AUCUCCAACAAAAAUGCGCCCAAGAAGGUCCGACUCCACAACGGGUCCCGCCGCGAAAUCACUUCCCACCUCCGACGUCGAAGAGGAUGAAGCUGCGCCGGAUCUCAAGGCAGAAUCCGAAGACGUGACGUCAUCAGAGGAAAUGCAGAACAAGAAUCCCGUCAGUGCUCCAGAAAAACGGGCAAAAACCGCCUCAUUUAGCCCACCGCCCGCACUUUCGCCCGCCCACUCAAUCCAAAUGGAAAACGAGGAAAUCGAGGUGAAAAUGGAGGUGGAUAGUGAUGAGGAGGAGAAAAAAUUACCAAAAAUCACUGAAAAACGAGCCAAAAUGGUGUAUAAGAAAAAACCCGAAAAAGAGAAAGAAGCAGUGCCAUUUAUCGAUCCAAAUGCUCCAAAAAGAAAUCGAUCUGGAUAUGUGCAUUUUAUCAUACAUCGCCGAGCUUCAUACUCAAAAGCCGUGAUGUCACAGAGAGAAAUUAAUAUAUCGCUUGCGGCGGACUGGCAGAAGCUUACCGCCGAAGAACGUAUCCCGUUUCAGCAGAGAGCCGACGAGGAGAAGGUCAAAUAUUUGGAGCUGAUGGAAGAAUACAAGAAAACUGACUCGCAUAAGGAAUUUCAGAAAAAACGUGCAAAAUUCCUGUCAUCUCAGUCAAAUGGCUCGAAAAAUGCGAAAAAACGACGGCAAGCAGAUUCUGACGACGACACGCCAAACGUGCAAAUCCCCUUCCCGAAACCAUCAGUUUUUUGUCCACUUUUGAGCCCAGAGCCUGCCACGUCAUCAUCCACAUCAGGCCUACAGUACUCUGGGCCGAUUUUUACGCCGGAAUUUAUGACCUACAACAAGACACGGGACACCUACCGUAGGCAGCUGGCUAUUGAGAGAUCCCAUGUGGAGCAUGAGCUCGAGGCGCUUCAUCAGCACGAUAUGGACGUUCGAAUUGAGCAACAAGAGACACGAAUCCGAGAAGCUGACGAGAAAAUCGAGGAGACGAUGGCAAAAAUGCGUACGGUGCUCGCCGCGGUUCCCGGUGCAAAAGAUCACCUGACCUCAAUUGACGCACUGGCCACGUGGCUCGAGUCUCUGACCCAUCUCGGAGCCCAAAAUUCGACGAAAAAAAGUGUCAAGGAGGCGGUGAACAAGAACGCAAAAUCCAUCGUUCAAAUGAAGAAAUAGCCGAAUUUUCCCUGUUGAAAAUCAAUAAAUUACCCACCCCCGCCUUUUUUUGAACCAUAAUUUCUUGUGCAUUUUCCCAAAGUUUUAUAUCAAUUUUUUUCAAUAUUUUUGGUCUUUCGUUUUAUAUUUUUCAGGGUUUCCUUCUUCAACUCCUUUAGAAAAUUCAAAUUUCCCGCCUAAAAAUAUCGAUUUUCCAUGUGAUUUUUUUUCCUAGCCCCCGCCCUCCAAAAUUUGAGCUCAAACAUGAUUUCUUUGAUUUAUUUUUCAAUAUUUUUUUAUUUUUAUUCGAAAAUGUUUUCUAAUAUGAAUUUUAUAUGUUU